CCCCAUACACGCACAUUAGACUUCUUAAAUACAAAAAUAUUACUUACACGGUUGAGCACACUAGCACUACAGUCUUUCUAUGCGUCUUUAUUUUGUAUUUCAUUUUUUAUUCCAGUCGUAUUCCACUUCGUUUCUUCGUUCAAUCUUUCUUUCAAUUGCUACAAUUGACAAUGUAGCAAUUGUGUACUGCAUUGGAUGCGUAUAACAGUUCUGGACACUUGGUCGUUCAAUCUUUUUUGCCAAAACUUUCACUUUUAGAAUAUCUGAUGGUGUGACGACAUCCGUCUGUACCAUCAGACUAGCUGAGUUCAUUCAAAGUCGACUGCCAGCCUCAGUGAAUAUUGACUCGCUGCUUGUUAGAGAGUAAUGGACGCUGUGACCUGUCGAAAUAUAGUUUACUUUUGUCCCACCAUACUGCGGACCCUGCGGAAAGACAUAUUACCCUGCUGCAGAGCUGGAAUCAGCUAUUAGUCACUUUGAGUGUGCCAUCUGAAGUUUGGGUCAGGACCUAGACUCUGUGGAGCUGCUGUCUGACUUUGUUUCUCGUGGAAGUACCAUUGUCUACAGGCAGAAUGUCCGCGAGACCAGGAGACCUUCCAGCGCUGGAGUCCGGCAUGCCGUCGGGGUUCUUCUACAGCCUGUCGAAUCCCAUGGGAAUGGCCCGGCGCACAUACGAUGAGAACCUGGACGUCCCCCUGAACUCCCCACCCCCGGACAUGAGUGUCAACAUCCUGUGGAAGGACCCGGUCAUUCCACGGCACAGAUUCAAGAAGCUCCCAGAGGAAGGGGAACGUCACCCCAAACCGCCAGCGCUGGAGCUUGGCGCCCCCGCUGUGGCCCCCCGGUCCCCGGCCCCCGUAGUGAGGGCCAAGGCGACGUCUCUCAUGAGCUCACUGAUGAUCAAGCAGUCCCAUGACAGCCUGCAGAGGUUCGAGCACCAGGCGGGGCUGACCGAUGACGUGUACUCCCCACACAAGGGCCUGUCUGCGGAGGAGACGCGCUCAGCCCGUCUGGCCGACGGCACCGUCCCAAAGCUGAGAAUGCCAAGCGGGGAGUUGAAAGAGGACAGACCUACGGCAUCGUCUCAGUCCACCCCGUACGGCACCCCCUGUGUGACCCCGUCCGUCACCCCCUGUGUGACCCCCUGCGUUAGCCCUCACAGUUCACCCGUGACCCCUCGCAGGUCCUGGUUCGGUUCUUCCAAUCUUCUCUCCCCCCCGGAGCUCGGCAGUCACAGCCCUAGCUUUGACAUGGGAGGCAACGAGGGCGGAGGAGGUGGAGGAGGAGGUGGAGGAGUAGACAGGUGGAGCUUCUUUGGGCCGCGGCCUGUCGUGCAGAAGUCCCCCACGGACCCGGGCUCAGACAGCGGCCCUGGGUUCACGCUGCAGACCUACUUCGGCCUGCAGAAGUCCACCACCAUGGACGCCAUCAAGACCCAGGUGCACCUGAAGGUGGACGACCCAGCCACCUUCCUGCCGCCCAAGAUGGACCUCUCAGGCCUGGAGUCCCGGCACGCCACCCAGCGGCCUCACAAACUCAAACCGCGGGACAUGAAUGUGCUCACGCCCUCGGGCUUCUGAGGCCAUCAAGUACCCACAUGACUCUAUUCCCCCCCCCCCCCCCCAAGCCCAGACACACGCACGCACGUACUCACACUCACGUCUCCUCUCACUACACUCUCCCAGAGAGGUGGUAUAAGUAUUACCCCCCCUGUGCCCCUCACUGAGCCAUGCCUGGUCCUGUCCACACACGACACAAGACGUUUGCCUGGACUCGUGGCUCCUGCAGCCCCAAACCACGUUUAUGAGUCCAUCUGAGGACCCCUCUUGUGUUCUUCUUUUGUUCUUGCUACAGUGUCGUAACAAACUCAAACUGCUCGUCCUAGUCUCAAUGGUGUGAAUGGGAUCGAUGCGUAUCUUCUCUUGAACACCGUUGGGGUGUGUUCAACCGCUCUCACCUUGUCCUCCCCCAGCCAAACUCCCCCCCCCCCCCCCACCCCCUUCUUUUAUAUGCUUCAUUUAAAAACAAAAUGAAACUUAUGUCAUGACUGAUAUUGUGCCUGAGAUAGCACUAUGUAUGCUUUUGGUCGCUGUGCUGAUUUAAUUUGCCUAAUUUAUUAUGUUGUUAGUAUGUUUGUGGCCUAGGUGCUGACUGUUGGAGUGCUUUUCUUCUGACUUGCAGUCUUUUUAUCAUUUUGAAGUCAGUAGUUUACAGUGCUUGGCUUUUGAUGUUUUAUUCUGUUCUGAUUUAUAUUCAAUGCGUUUCAUAAUGCCAAGCUACACCGCUGACAUGUUUUGAAGUUUGUAUUUUAUGCAAUUUGAUAGACAUUAUGUGGUCAUUUUGAAUUCAAUUUUUUUAUAUAUAUAUAUAUA